CCCCCCUCAACUAAAACCCAAUCUCCGAUAAACUACUAAUAGCUAAACCACUUGGACUAUAAAACACAACAAAUCAUAAACCAGGGAAAGGAACCCUUACCCUUCCAAUGAGUUCCUAUUUUGUAAACUCAACUUUCCCAGUGACUCUGCCCGGAGGACAGGAGUCUUUCUUGGGACAGAUACCGUUAUACUCCUCCGGAUACACGGAUCCUUUAAGACACUAUCCCGGUGCUGCCUAUGGAGCUACCAGCGUUCAAGACAAGGCGUACCCAUCCUCGUAUUAUCAGCAGGCGAACGGUGCUUAUGGCCGGGCCACCGCGGCCGGUGCAUGCGACUACGCAGCAGCCAGCUUUUACAGGGAAAAGGACCCCGCCUGCGCCCUCGCGAGCAUAGAGGAACAUUCGCUCGUCCUGAGCCAAGAUCAUCGGAAGACGGACUGCUCGGGACAAAAUAAAAGCAUAUUUGGGGAAAGCGAGGACCAGAAACCCUCGGCUCCGGUUUACCCAUGGAUGCAGAGGAUGAAUUCCUGUAACGGGACCUUCGGUAACCCCGGUCGCAGGGGUCGUCAGACGUACACCCGCUACCAGACGCUGGAGCUGGAGAAAGAGUUUCAUUUUAACAGGUACCUGACCCGGAGGCGCCGUAUCGAGAUCGCGCACGCAUUGUGCCUAACAGAACGCCAGAUUAAAAUUUGGUUCCAAAACCGAAGGAUGAAGUGGAAAAAAGAAAAUAAACUGAUCAACUCCUCUCAGACCAGCGGAGAGGAGGAGGAAGAGAAGAGGACAGAAUAAAGAAGGCAAAAAUACAUAAAAUGGCUUAUCUUCUGAUAUCCUACAAAUAUGAAGAUACUACCUUCAUAUGCUCAAAGUUUCCACCGGUGAAGUUGUGUUUGGUAAAUUUGUUGUAGCAUUCCAGAAGUUAACUUUCUAUUUUUGUUAUUGUCAUUUUAUGUUUUUUAUCAUGAUUCGGGCACCCGAAUGAUAGUGUUUUGUGCGCUUGUCUCUUUAUUUAGGAUGUGGCCAAAAAACGUUAUUGGCCACGUUUAAGAAAACUAUUUGAAAUAUAUGUCAUAUUCGUGUUCAUAUUUAAGCUGUAUAGAAAUAAAAGGAAAUUCUCCUUUUAAGGUGAAUUAAUGUAUUUCUUUUGUAAGUUAAAUACCCAGCCUUAUCUAGUUGUUUCGUUGAAUUGUUGUAUAGUUUCAUUGGGAGAACAUAUUGAUCUACUGAUAAUUGAAAACUACCUAAAGACUGGGUCA